AUGAAUGAUGUUGUGCUGUGUAGAAUUUACGAAAAGAAAUCAAAGCAAGCUGGAAAAGAAAGAGAACAGAGCCCCAAUGAGCCCCAAGGAAGGUUGUGUACUGAAUCAUCAGUUGUAGCUCAUCAUCAAACAAGUCUUAUUAAGAGGAAGCAAUCACCAAUCCAUCACACAGUACUUGAGGUUGGCGAACCGAGUUGCGGUGGCCAAUGGAACACCCCACAACCUUGCCAAUUACCCACAAAGUCUAGUCCUUUUCAGGCUCAAUUGUGCCAAACAAACAGGCUUGACCACCUGAUUUCUGAAAGGUCUGCAUUGUGGGUUGGUAAGUCAAGUGAAGCUUCCCAAUUGAACCAAAUACAACCUAGUCAAGAAGAAGCUGCUUUCAGGCCCUUGAGUGCCAGACAGCCAAUAUGGGGGCAAAACAGUGAGACAAUUUCAGGCCUAGUAGUUGGCCACUCUAUAGCACAAUCAGGUCUGAUAUCAUCCAUGAUUGACAGCAGCAGAGAGAACAAUCUACCUACUCAUCCAAUAGUGAACCAUGUGUUUGCAGAUGGAAAUAGUCAACCACAGAACAACUUGAGUGAAGAGUACUUCAAUUUUCAGACACAGAUGCCAUGUGAGUCCUCAAAUGCCUGGUUUUGGAAAAACAUUGUUUGCAGCAAUGGACAUGAGCAACAAGAGAACAACUUGAGUGAAGAGCCCCUCAAUUUUCAGACAGGCAAUGCUGGAGGAAACCAACGGCCAACCAUCGUGACAUCGAUGGCUGAGCUCCUUGCUCCAUCAACAAGCAGCUCGGCUGCGUUUUCACAAACACCAGUUCAAAUGACACUAGAAGAAGCUGAAGCGUUCCUGCUUGGAUGCUGA